CUCGUUCCGUUCGGAGGGUUCAGUCACUCAUUGGCCGCCUCGAAGCGCGAAACGUCGUCGUUGCCGUUGUUAUCAAUAAUUCUCGGAACUCUCACAACCAAAUAGCCGGGAAAUAGUGCCAGGAAUUUGGCCGGUUCAAAAUGACGGCGAGCAAGCAGCAGGAAGCCGAGGCCGAUCAAGGUUCUCAAGUGGUGGUCAGUCCUGUGAAUACCUCACACAGUUCUCGAAAAGAUCGGGGAGUAUGGAGGGAUCUGACUUCCUACUGGAUCCUCGGUCUUUGCAACAACUACGGAUAUGUGGUGAUGCUGAGUGCUGCCCACGAUAUCAUCAAACAGUUUAAUCCGAAUGAUGAAACAGAAGAGAGCUCUUCUGGAAGAAAUUGCCAUUUGGUAUCAACAGGCGCCAUUUUGCUGGCCGAUGUCCUUCCCUCAUUGUUUGUCAAGAUGCUGAUGCCCUUCUUUCCUUUUUGGGUCAAUUUUCGCAUAGCCCUCGCGGUUGCCUUUUCUGCAGCUGGGUUUCUCCUAGUUGGAUUUGCAAAUGCCGAAUGGAUGGCCCUGUUGGGAGUGAUCAUCACUUCUGCUAGCAGCGGAAUCGGAGAGACUACUUUUCUGGCCUAUUCCUCGCGAUACAACAAAAAUGUGAUAUCCACUUGGUCAUCCGGAACUGGAGGAGCGGGAGUCAUCGGUUCCUUGAGCUAUGCCAGUUUGAGAUCCCUAGACUUCAGUCCCAGAGACACCAUGCUGAUUAUGCUGAUCUUUCCGGUGAUUGAGGCAUUCGCCUUUUGGCUGCUGCUUCGUCGUCCGCAGGUCGAUAUUCUGCCGGUUACCACGGUUGAGUCCACAGAAGUCCUGAUCACCGAUGAGAAGCCGCUAGUCGGUUUCAAGGAGAAGUUCUUCUAUAUCAAACACCUGAUCAAGUACAUGCUGCCACUUUGCUUGGUGUAUUUCUUCGAGUACUUCAUCAAUCAGGGCUUGUUCGAGCUGGUCUACUUCGAGGACAUUUUCCUGGACAAGGACUCGCAGUAUCGCUGGCUGAACGUGGACUAUCAAAUCGGUGUCUUCAUCUCGCGCUCCUCGGUCAACCUCUUCCAGCUGGACAAGAUCUGGCUAAUGUCCGUCUUCCAGUUCGUGAACGUGGUCUACUUCCUCACCGAGGUCAUCUGGUGGUACACGCCCAGCAUCUGGAUCGUGUUCGUCAUUGUCCUGUGGGAAGGACUCCUGGGCGGCGGGGCCUACGUGAACACCUUCUAUCGGAUGUCCAAGGAGAUAUCGCCGGAGCGGCAGCAGUUCGCCAUGGCCAUGGUGGUCCAGUCGGACUCCUACGGCAUCGCCCUCGCCGGAUUCCUAGCCAUUCCCGUCCACAAUGCCAUCUGCGGUCUGCCGGCGGCGGCGCGGAGCCUUGUCUGGUGAUCGCGAUCGAGGUGGUGAUCGGGAACGGGAUCAUGAUCAGGAUCAGGUUAUGCCUUUACUGUGUGCGAGUGUAGCUAAUAUAGUGUGUAUGUGAGUGUCCCUAUAGUAUAAAUCACUGGAUUUCUGGACUCCCAGGAGCCAGAUGGAUGGUUAUAUAGUUAGUAUGCAUCUGUUCGACUACUCUUUAAGAUUUAGUUUAAUAAAAAGAAAGAGCAAAAACUUUUUGCACUAAAGUAA